AACACCAAUAAUGUUAGACUUGAUAUGAAAACCGUGAAUCAAAUUCCCGGUCCGCGACCAUCGUUACCUAUUAUCGGUACCGGUUGGCAAUACUGGCCACUAGUCCGGCGCUACAAUAUACGCCAAUUGCCGAAAAUAUUAGCCGAAAAUUUCCGAAAAUAUGGUCCAAUUUAUCGGGAAGAACACCGAAAAUCGAAACCCAUUGUCUAUAUAUGCGAUCCGAUAGAUAUUGAAACGGUUUUCCGAUUUCAGGGUAAAUGUCCGGUCCGUCCGCCCAAUGAUUUUGUUAUCAACUAUCGGUCAGAGAAUAGCCAUAGAUAUGGAUCGGUUGGCAUAACUAAUAUGAAUGGCAUUGAAUGGUAUAAAACACGACAACUAUUAGCACCGGUACUAAUGAGUACCGAUAUGUUCAACAAUUAUAUACCGAAAUUGGUGGACAUUUGUGAGGAUUUUCGGGACUAUUUUGACCGACAGUUAGUUGAAGUAGUAGUAGUAGUAGACCAACAAAAAACAACUACCGAUCCUGACGUCAAACAAUGUAUGGAUUUCAGCGAAAUUACCUAUAAGUUUGUAUUGGAAUCGAUGAGCACCUGGUGUCUGGAUAGACGACUCGGUUGUCUGGACAGUAGCACUACUACUACUACUGGCGACGGCAGCUCCGGUAGCUGUCGUCCGGACAUUGAUACCGACGGUCGACUGAUGAUUGAGGCCACCCGUGAACUGUUUGCCAGCUAUCAGAAACUAUUUUACGGUAGUCUACGAUUGUGGCGAUACUUGAAAACUCGGCCCUACCGACAGUUGGCCAGUUCAGAGUCCCGUAUCUAUGAGACACUAUCGAAAUAUGUUGAUACAGCUAUAGCUGGUGCAGUCAAUAGUAAUACCGAUAGUACCGAUAGUUUAGUAUCUGAAAAAAACUCCCGGUGCUUGAUGACCGAACUAAUCCAAUUGAACCAACUGUCCACCAGUGAAAUCAAAGUAACACUAAUGGACCUAAUUAUUGGCGGUUUGUUUACGGUUUCUAAUUCAUUGAAUUUUAUUUGCCAUCAUUUGGCCGGUAAUCCUCGGGUUCAACAAAAACUUUUUGCCGAAAUUACCGAUGUUUUCAAUAUUAGUAGUAAUACUAGUAAUAGUGAUAUAAUAACCAGUGAUUUGUUAACAAAAAUGCCGUAUUUGAAGGCCUGUAUUAAAGAAAGUUUUCGACUGACACCACCCGUACCGGGAAUCCUACGGGUAUUGCCAGUGGACGUACAGCUAUCGGGUUAUACGGUUCCCAAAGAUACCCUAAUAUUUGUCAACACAAUGACCACAUGUUUGUCGGAUAAAUAUUUUCAUAAACCCGACUCAUACAUACCUGAGCGCUGGUUAGCAGCCGAUAGUAAUGAUGACGAUAGUGGUGGUCAACACCAACCAAAAUGUCCAGCAUUUUCGGUACUGCCGUUCGGGUUCGGUAGCCGUCAGUGUAUUGGCAAACGAUUUGCUCAGUUAAACAUACAGUUGGCUAUCGUAACACUUAUCAGACACUAUGAACUGUUGGCCAUCAAUGAUGAUAAUAAUACCGACGGUAAAGACAAACUAGAGUUGAUCUGCGAUUUUCUUAUAAUUCCCGAUAAAAAUAUCAGAUUUAAAGUCAAAAAAAGGAAAGUUUAA